AUGCUUCGCUGCCUUCUCGCCACCAAUACAUACUCAACCAUGCAAUCCGAAUUCGACCGAGUUCCCGCCUUCGAUGACUCCUUUUCUCAACAAUUACCUUUCAUGAUGGCCGACUUGACCUCCUUUCUCAUCCAUCCUUCUCAGUCUUCCACUCACCCUGACGCUUCCCUCAUGGCCGGGCAACCACUUGUCUUUGGCCAGGACGGCUUCCCUGCAAGUCUCAUGAGCUUGCAGGCACAGGGGAACCCACAUUCCAGCGGUGCCACACACAUCUCGCCAGCCCUUUUGACUUUUCCCUCCCACACUCCCUCCGCCGGCACGUCAACCGCUUUUCCAUCAAUCAGCUGUGUUUCCCAAUUGUUUCCUGUUGGUGACAUCAGUACGGUCAACUUUCUCGAUGUUGCUCACAACACCGGUGGGGCUUUGUUGAAUGCUGAAGUGGUUGAUUCUACCAUCACCAGUGCACCCAUGGAGUUUCUGCGCCCUCGUGAAUGUUUUCACGGCAGCCCGCGGCCCUCACUUCCGCUCAUUGAUAGUUCAGUCGCUCCCCGUCCCAAUUCACAAGUCUCAAUCGAUGCAGCCCCGAUUACAGCCGCUCCCCAAGCUACGAAGCAACAGGGGCGCGCCCGUCAGCUCGACCCGAGGGUCCCCCGGCCUCCAGCGGCAAGAAAGACGAAAGAGCGUAGAGCUGGUGCGACACAACCAUCCUCGAGCCACCCGCACGCGGCGAGCAAACAAGCUCGAAUCGACUGGACUAAGUGGACAGAGACCAUCACCCACUUCUACCUUGUCGAAAACCAUACGGCGAAGGAAGUUUCGUUCGAGAUGUGGGCUUUGUAUGGGGAACAGGUUGCACCGAGAACCUUGUUUGGACGUUUUAUCAAGAACCAGAGAAGCGACGAGGAAGUUGAGCCCCAAAAGCGUGUGCGAGCGGCAGGAUCCCUGAACCACGCAAAGGGGGCCCUCUCUGCCUUUCUUUUCACCGCCAACAAACGGUUAAUCGCAAAGUUGCGUCAAGCUCGUAUCAGUCCCAGGCCAUCUAGGGAAAAGGAGCCAUACGCUUGCCAGCACGCCAUGCUCCAUGCCAUCGACUGCCUUGUCAAGAAAUCCUUCGACACAUCCAGGUCAAACGCAGCCGCGACUUUAACCGCUGAGGGUUGCUCGCCCUCGUGGCAGCUGGUGUCCGACAAGUGCGACGGCCUCGUGGCAGUCAUUUCUGGCCAAGCACCGCUGGGCAGCAAGAUACUUUUCCUUCUGGGCCAACUGCGCCAGGCGCUCGACCGCGCGGUUUCCACCGCUCACCAGGAUCCAGGAUUCCCGAUUAUGAUCUGGCGAACCUGUAUGACCCUGCUAAGGGUGCGGUUUCCCGGCCGGACGAGUGCCAACCGUUCCAUCUUCCUCCGGGUGUUCCUCCAUUGGCUGAGAAGCUCGUUUCUGGCCACGCUGAAAAACCCAGCAGACAAUUUGCUUACUUUGGUCGAGUGUUUAAUCCGCGUGAUGAAUUCUUCGGAACCGUACCAUUUCAUUGCGACACUUGGCAUGGGCUGCGGGAAGACGAUGGACAUGGUCGCGGGGAUGGUUGGCCAUGACCAUCCCGUGUUGCUAACCAUGGGAACCUCGUGUGCCAGGUACUGGAAGAGGGAUUUCUCCAUCAACCGCAACCAGUUUGAGAGGCAGUACAAGCCACUGGUGGAUCGAGUCGUCAAGAGCCUCCGGCCUACGCGGGCAGAUAUUGCCGCGCUCCACGCCUACACGCAAAUCCAAGCCGACAGCAAGGCGGAGACAACUGCUUGGUAUGCGGCGCACUUGCGGAUUCACACGCUGGACUCUUGUCGCACGACUUUGGAGCGGAGGUCUUUAAGAUAUGGCCAAGCCGCCCGCGGGCUGGCUUUCUCGAGCGAACUUCUCGUUGUCUGCCAGCUGGACCCAGUAAUGGGCAAAGCCGACGGCGGAUUUGACCGAAACAAGUUUGGGGACGCGCUCCAAGCUGUGACGGAGACGAUCGAGGUCCUGCGCCAGGGCAAUCUAGACUGCCUGGUGAGCGCUGCCCACCUUUCUAAGCGGCUGUCCAUCUGGUACAAGUCGUACUACCCCGGGGACACGAUUAAGAGCAAAAGUCACCGCCUUAAGGGUUCACAGACCACAGACGAAAAGAAACGGACGGCCGCAAUCAUGGCCCAGAUUGGGGAGCCGCCGGUUGCGCUUCCCAAGUUCCGUGACCCUAAGCACAGGCCCAACACGCGGUGGCGCCGGAAGAGACUGGCCGACCACCAGUUUGUCCUGUCGGAAACCGCAGCGGAGGGCCGGAUUCAGGACGCCAAUAGCGUGGACUACAAGAGUCUGUCUCCCGGCGACGAGCGGAGGCAGAAGACCAAGACGCCAAUCCAGGCCGAGGCAGAGCAAGUGCCCUGGAUCCGCCGGAGGUGUUGGCAUUGCACAGAGACGUUCCCGUCGCGCACCGCCCUGUUCCGGCAUACUAACAAGGGCUGUGCUGAGCGGCAUCCGUGGGCCAUGGACUAG